AUGUUAAAUUCAACUGUAGGUCACAUUACAGGAUAAUUUGAUGUAUUGAAAAGUUUUUUAUAAUUGGACGAGAAAAGUGAGAGGAAAGAAGAAAAGCAAGUUUACAUAUUUCUCCUUUAAUUCUUUUUUAAACUUUCUAGAAUGCAUGAACACAAUUAUAUAAUGAUAAGACUAAUUAUUGUUACCUAAGAUAGGGGAUAUAUAAAUAAAAAGAAAAAAACCUGUCAAAAACUAUUUAAAUAAAUUUUAGGCUUAUCUCAUUAAGAAUAUCAUAGAAUGGUCAAUUUAAAAUAAGUAUGCAAGCCAUAUGGGGCUUCUAUUGGUGAUUUUCUUAUGUUCAUGUGUAAUGUUAUUAAGGAUUAUUUUAGAAAGGACAGUAUAAUAAUAAUAUGGAUAAAUUAUUAAAUAAUUAUUAAGAAUAAAAAUUCAAUACAUUCUCAUUUAUCUACUAUGA